AGAAAGGGCGGUGUUCGGCACCAAUAGCGCCUCAGCGUUCAGUGUUGUUCCUGGGUCACUAUCCUUACUCGUCUGGUCCCGGGUGCCGCUUCCGGCUACGCUCGGAGGUCGCGCAGGCCGGAGGCCUCGGUCGGACGGGAGGGAGCUGCAGCAUCCAGAAUUUGGGAUGCACAGCUUAUCCCCAUCAAACCAUAAACUCCUUUGGGACAGAAGCCACCUUCUCUGCAGCCUUCAUACGUAGCCCGAGUGAAAGCUCAGAAUAUCCAGGGAACACUUAAAUUAGAAGUAAUUUAUCUCAAGCAAAUGGGACAACAUGCCAACUGCCAAGCAACUAGCUGACAUUGGCUACAAGACCUUCUCCACCUCCAUGAUGCUCCUCACUGUGUACGGGGGCUACCUCUGCAGUGUCCGAGCCUACCACUAUUUCCAGCGGCGCAGCUCCCAGCGCCAGGCUGCAGAAGAACAGAAGACCUCAGGAGCCCUGUAGAACUGGGGGCUUUUUUCCUUGAGCAGAGAGGCCUGAGGCAUGCUGUGGAAAGACUGCGUCUGCAAUCAUUUCUGAGUCAAGAGGACCAGGGCCUUAACUGGCUUUCGAACUCUGGAAAAUGCCCAUGUUUUCUCUGGUACAGCCAGUUUGGAGAGGCUAUCGAAUCAAAACAGGAAUGGGAGGGUGAGGCACACCUAUAGACAUAAAAUACUUCGCCAUA